AUGGCGUCACCAACCCCUCUGUCCAAGGCCAACACCACCUUCGCUCUGGCUUUGCUCAAGAAGCUGAGUGAUAACGACAAGACUGGAAAUGUCUUCUACUCCCCUUUCAGCAUCUCUUCAGCCCUGGCUAUGGUGAUGAUGGGGGCCAGAGGCAACACUGCCACACAGAUGUCAGAGUGCCUGAAACUUCAAAACAGUCAACUUGAUGUCCACGAUAAAUUUGCCAAACUGCUGAGCGAUCUCAACAAGGCGAACACUCCGUACGCCCUCUGUGUGGCCAACAGGCUGUAUGGGGAGCAGUCCUACAUGUUUGUUAAGGAUUUCUUAGCAGAAACCAAAAAGCACUACAGCGCUGAGCUGGAGUCUGUCGACUUCAUAACCAAUGCUGAGGAGGCCAGGGUCAACAUCAACAGCUGGGUGGAGAAGCAGACGCAAGAUAAAAUCAAGAACUUGUUGGCUGAGGGUGUUGUGGAUAACGCGACCAAGAUGGUACUCGUCAAUGCCAUCUACUUCAAAGGCACCUGGGACAAACAGUUCAAGGAGGAAAAAACAUAUGAUGCUCAGUUUAACUUGAACAAGAAUGACACGAAGCCGGUGAAGAUGAUGAGACAGAAAAGUAGAUAUCGUCUCUUGAAGAUUGAUGAUCCUGACAUCAACUGUAAGAUCCUAGAGAUGCCCUACAAAGGGAACGACCUCAGCAUGCUCAUCCUCCUGCCUAACGAGAUAGAGGAUGACACCACAGGCCUGGAGAAGCUGGAGAAGGCGCUGACCUAUGAGAAAUUCAAUGAGUGGACUAAUCCAGCCAUGAUGACGAACGAUGAGGUGGAGGUGAGCCUGCCUCGAUUCAAGAUGGAGGAGAAGUAUGACCUGAACGAUGUCCUGAUCAGCAUGGGCAUGAAGGAUGCUUUUAAUGUUGGAAUGAGUGACUUCUCCGGCAUGUCUCCUGCCAACGACCUGUUCCUGUCAAAAGUCGUCCACAAGGCCUUCGUGGAGGUCAAUGAGAGGGGAACCGAGGCUGCUGCUGCCACUGGUAUUGUCUGUACCUUGCAGUGUUUCAGGAUUACUCCCACCUUCAAAGCAGACCACCCCUUCCUCUUCUUCAUCCGACAUAAUGACUCCAAGAGCAUUCUCUUCGCUGGACGGUUCUGCUCCCCUUAG